AUGAACAAUAACGUUGUAAACUUACCAAAUAUUUUAUUAGCAAAGAUUAUCAAUGAACUUAAAGACAAUCUAGAUAAACUAUACCUUACUUUAGUUUGUAAAAGAUGGUUUGAUAUUAGAGAUUCGAUUCUAUCGUUUGAUUGUCAAGAUUGUUAUCUUGUCAAAUUCGAACAGAAGAGGUUCUUUCUAAAAUCUUACAUCAGUACAUUCAACCAUUCGUAUAUGAGAAAAGAUAAUGGUGCGCUUUUAUUUGGUAGCUCUUUAGCUGGUAAAAGAUUUCACUAUCGAUUAAACUACCGUAACAAAUAUAGAGUACCAAACUCUACAAGAGAGAUCUACUUUGAUGCGGAAUUCAAUUUGAAUAUCGAUAACAUGCUAAUGAAGUUGUCGAUGUCGAAUGUUACACACAUUUACUUUAACGACAAUUUCAAGCAACCAAUUGCAAAAGGUUUAUUCCCUCCUACGAUAAAGCUAAUCAGUUUCGGUUACUAUUGGAAUCACCCGAUAGAUGAAGGAGUUCUACCAGCACACUUGGAGAGUUUAAGUUUUAUCGGAUGUUUCAAUCAACCGAUCAAUGAGAAAAGCUUGCCAUCUACCAUCAAACAUUUGAAACUUUCAGUACUCUUUGACUAUAAACACCUAUUUGCCAACGAUAAGCUACUACCUUGUAAUCUACAGUCGCUAGACAUACCACGUUCCAACAAAGAAUUAAUACCCCCUGGUUUUCUACCGGCCAAUCUCACCGAGAUCAAAUCGCUCUUUGUCGAUGAACUAUUAUUACCUUCAGUACUUCCAUCUUCAAUACGAUCGAUCUCUCUAGAUAUAGGUAGUCAAACUAAUCGGCUCGCCAUUCCCAUCGGUGUUACUUCACUUACUAUCGAUUCAUCUUCAAACGGUUGGCGUUUGAAGAAUGUAGAUCUACCGACUACUUUGAGAUGUCUGACUCUUGAAGAUUACAAUCACCAACUAGAGGAGAAUGAUCUACCAAAUGAUAUUGAAGAGUUGACUUUAGUUAACUAUCAUAUUAAUAACCUACCAAUUGUAAAUUCAAAAUCGAUCAAGACAUUGAAAUUACUCCUUACCUACGUUAAUACACCGUUGGAAAUUGGUUGUAUUCCACAGGGUGUAGAACAAUUGACUUUUGAUCUACUAAAUGGCAUACCAUUAGCACCUCAUAUAAUACCCGAUAGUGUAAGAGAUCUGUCGUUCCCUACUGGCCGCGUAAAACUGGUGGUCGGUUCACUACCGCCAGCGUUACAAUCACUCACUUUCGAUGGCGAUGUUGUGACACCUUUACUAAGCAACGACUUGCUACCUCCAAGUCUUGAGAGACUUACCAUCAGUAUCCAACAAGCCAAGACAUCACUAAACUUGGACAUCAAUACAUUAUUCUUAACCACCAAGAUCAAUACAAUGAAGAUAAUGUCUCGUUCUAAUAUCUAUUGGUAUAUCAUUAGAAGAUUGGAUCAAUCACACGCCAUACUCUCAGGUGGUCAAUCGAAUACCGAGUAUGGAAUAAUCAAAAUUACACAACUUAACACUACAAUAUCAAACAAACUAUCAACAGAAAGUGAUUUUUAA